AUGCUCGCGGCGGAGUCUCGGAAUGAUCUUAAGAAACAAGUACAGUCUUGGAAGGGUCGGCUGCAGCAACAUGGAUUGCGCCUCAACGUAUCAAAAUCUGAGUACAUGGAGUGCGGACCAAGGAUAGAGGAUGGUUCAAUUUGUGUCGAUGGCACCGAAUUAAACAAGGUGAACUGUUUCAAGUGCCUUGGAUCCAAAGUGACUUCCACAGGCGACAUUGAUCGAGAAGAUCGAGCACGUGUUAAUGCUGCAUGGAUGAAGUGGAAAAUGGCAACAGGGAUACUAUGCGACAAGAAAGUCCCUGUUCGACUGAAGUCGAAGAUUUACAGGACGGUUGUGCGUCAUGUUGCCCUUUACGGAUGCGAGUGCUGGCCGACGACGAAAGCCUUAAAAAGAGUGUUGCAUGCUAUAGAGAUGCGAAUGUUGAGGUGGUCGAUAGGUGUAACGCUGAAAGAUAAAGUAUCCAACGACACUGUACGCUCCAUCGGCAUCGUCCCGACAACUGAGGAGAUGAAGGAGGCGCGACUGAGAUGGUUUGGACACGUCUUGCGGCGAAAAUUCUGUUGCCAAAAUUGGCCGGGGCGGCAUACAGGAUACAUUUCGUAA